AUGAGCAAGCAUUUAGGUGCUGAUCCUGGUUCAGUGGUACGCAUGUAUCGUGAAAAGUUCAUGGAUUAUCCAGCAAAUAAGAUCAUAAAUGCCAAAAAUGAGUACGAAUGCCUUAGCAACUGUGUGAUGGAGGAGGAAUUUCUUUGUCAAUCUGCGAAUUUUUUCACUGAAAAUGGCGAUUGUCUACUAAAUAACGCCACAUCCUUGAAAGCCAGCAUACUAGAUAAUGAAGAGAAGUCUUCUGUGUAUUAUAUGGAAGUGCAAAAUUUUAAAAAAAAAAACCGAUGUUCGCGAUCGUUCCACGUGAUUCCUUGGAAUCAAAUAGUGAUCAGAGGUGAGGCGAAACUUGUGAACGUUCCAAAAGAUUAUAACCAGUGUAUUCGAUUAUGUGGCGAUUGCGAUUAUGUCGUAUAUAAUGAGUUCUUUUCCGAGUGCUUUCUCGUGUAUUACGAUCAAAAUGGCCAGAAAUUCAACUUCAUUACCGACGAAUACCAGGUUUUUGAGAACUUAUGUAAGCAACCAUUGGACAACUGUUCUGCAAAAAAUGCAAUGUACAUUUCCUAUUAUAACAAGAACUCCACUUUGAGAAGUCUAUGUCUCCAAAGAUGUAUUGCUGAUAAGUCAUGUAAAUAUGCGUAUCUUGCAAACUCUACAUGUACGCUGUCACCAAGAGAAAAACCACUUCAGAAGAUCAUUGAGAAGCAUUGCGUAGGAUUUGAAGAGCUGAGUAUUGGCAUUUUGUUCAAAGAAAGUGUUGGUUGUCCGAAGCGUAAAGUGAAAAAUAUAGCAGUUGAAGCUACAGAACUUAUGGAUUGUAUGCUUCUUUGCCUCACUCAUCCGACAAAGAGUUGUGAAGCGAUAACAUUCUACUCUGAAGGAAGAUGCCUUUUGUUAUCCGGCACAACCGGUCCUGAUUCAGAAGCAGGGAUUGAAGCGGACUGUCGACACUUCAAACUAAAUGCAAUAAGAUUCGAAGGGACAUCGAAGAAAAAAGGUGACGCUAAGAAGAAGAUGCGGAAAUCGCAAAAUUCCUCACGAGCAAAAGCAUUCAACGGGAAUAGGAAGAGUCAGAUAAAAAUCCGGAAAGAACCCUUCUCUGACGGCGGCAUCGAACUCACUGUCGAGACCAUCUGCAACUAUGACAGUAUUCUUUUCAAGGUCACAUCGCCAGUGCACAUUGACGGGAAGAUAUUCCCAAGAAAUGCUCAUGACAAUUGUUCGCUCACCAUAAAUGGAACCACAGCCGUGCUGAAAAUGCCAUUGCAUUCCGAGAAUUGUUCCGUCACUAAGACUGGACUUCUCUACGAAAAUGUGAUUGUGGUCAAGCAGAACACGUUAGAGGAGGUUCCCGUAAUCACCGAGUAUGAUCAACUAUACCGUAUCUCAUGCGACUACACAAAUCAUACUUCGAAAAUCGCCGCAACCAGCAUCUUGCAAAUACAUGACAGCAACUACGCUCGAGUGUUACCUUUUGGACGAGUGCAAUAUGAUCCGGUAAAGAUGGAACUUCGUUCAAAACCUGGAAAAGAGGCAAAAACCGUAAUCCUUGGUCAGGACGUUGAUUUGAAAAUUGCUGACGAGGACAAGAUAAUCGUUAGCAACUUCACUGUUUCGACAUGUACGGCAAACGGAAGCGAUAGGAAUGAAAAUAUCACACUAAUUGAGGAUGGAUGCCCCACCAGAUCCGCAAGAGAAUAUAUUGUACGAGGAGAAAUAAAAAAAGAAGGGAACGGUUUCUUGAUUCCCUUACGUGCUUUUCGAUUCAAAAAUAGUGAUGGCGUGAGGAUAAUAUGUCGACUGGAUACUUGUAAACAAAGCUGUACACAGCGAUCGUGCUCGAACGUCCUGAGAAAGCGGAGGUAUUUAUCGGAAGAUACUCUCGACUUGGAGAAUAGUGAGGAAGUUGAGGUCUCCUUGGUCGUUAGCGAUUCAGUUCCAUUCGAAAAGUCCUACUGCUUCACUCGUGCGGGUUUAAUCUCUCUUUUAUCUAUCGGCUCUAUUACAGCCUCUGAAGACGGCGAAAAGGCCGAAACGUCAGGCAAGUAA